ACUAUUAGAUAAUGAUGUAAAAUGCAAUUAAUAUCUUAUAGAUGGGCAGUUUUGUUGUCUAUUGCAGUAAAUGUACAGCUCACGCUGCCACUGUCAAGAUUUGUGGCUAUCAACAGGAAUAAUCAUCACUCACUCGAGAAUUAUUACCUCAGAGCACAUUUAGGUGACAGGUCCUAUUCGUUUUUGUCCACUCCACUAGAAUUUUCGCUUUUCAAAACUGAGAAGGACGCUUGCUCCAGAUUUGGAAACUGGUCGUCUGCAAAAGACACUUGGAAAAGAUAUUUGAGUCCCCAGAACUGGAUACUUUGCCACAAAGAUUAUGGCAGCGAUGGCAACUGCUUUUAUCAUGCAACGGCAGGGUUGUUAAGAGACACAGAUAUGAAAGGAGAAGCCUUUAGCUUUCCAAAGACAUUACCCGCUGGAAUUUUAACAUCGGUUGAAAACUUGCCGAAAAACAACUCGUACUUCACCCAUGAAGAGUUGCGCGUAUUGGCCGCAAUUUACUUUAUAGGAGUCAAUCCACACGAUCAGGAUGCUGUAUCACAUUUUGAUAAAGACAAAUUUAAGGAAAAGCUUGAGUUUGUGCGAGAUAUGCAAGCAGUAGAACGCUAUCCUGAUCUAAAAUGGCAACCAGAAGAACGCUUAAAAGAGCUGGAAUCUGGCCGUGAUCCCUUGGAUAUUGCCAAAAUGGUCUACAAUGAUAUAAGUUCGAGCCGCCCAGUUAAAACUUGGGCUUCGCAUAGUGAUAUGAUUGCACUAUCUCACAUUCUGAAUAUUGCGUUUUUCAUAAUUCCGUCGAAUUCACAGCGGGUACAAUUAGUAAAGCAUGAUGAUUCCCUACCAAAAUUUACUCUUUCACUGUACUAUACCAACAUGCUACAUUUUGAAGGUGCAGGUUUUGCUAGAACCACCGAUAGCAGACUCUUUAGUGUGAUUCAGGGGUAUGACAUACCUAGCGUAUUCUCACAACUGCUACCAAAAACAAACAAUUCUUAAUGCCCUAUGAUGCAAUUUAAAUGCUAAGUCAAUU